CACAUUCGCUCACGGGCAGCGCUGCAGAAGUUAGCAUCUCGGACGUGGCCGCUGGAGUGAACGCAGCGUGAGUCGGUAGAGGUUGAGGUUCCCAACUUUGUGCGAAGGUCACAUUCGAAGAGGAAAACUUGGGCGUACUGCGGCGAAACAGCACGAGCCCCUUCACUCAUGCUGGAGCGCUGCUGAGGGCUCAGUUAGUCGAGUUGAGCGCGCCCGCGGUCCUGUUCGCGGCCGACCAAUGCUUCUGCAUCAGUACAUGAACGGAGCUUUGGAAGUCAUGCAUCCCACACCGCUUCAGAAAGACACCACCUUCACCAAGAUCUUCGUGGGCGGACUGCCGUACCACACGAACGAUGCCUCGCUGAGAAAAUACUUCGAGGCCUUCGGGGACAUCGACGAAGCGGUGGUGAUAACCGACAGGCAGACCGGUAAAUCCAGGGGCUACGGCUUUGUGACGAUGACGGAUCGAGUAGCAGCGGAGAGAGCCUGCAAGGACCCCAACCCCAUCAUCGACGGCAGGAAGGCCAACGUCAACCUGGCCUAUCUGGGCGCCAAGCCGCGCAGCAUACAGACAGGCAUAUCCAUUGGAGUGCAGCCCAUUCACCCAGCACUCAUCCAGAGGCAGUAUGGGUUGGCCCAGCCUUAUGUUUUUCCACAAGCCUUCGUGCAGCCCAGCCUGGUGCUGCCCACUCAGGUCUCCACCUCGGUCAGUACCAGCCCCUAUCUGGACUACAGCGCGGCCUACAGCCAGUACGCCCAGGCGGCCUUCGAGCAGCAGUACCCGUACGCCGCCUCCCCGGCCGGCUUCCUGGGCUACGGCUACGCCACCAGCCCCACCGCCGCGGCCGGCCCGGCCGCCGCCGCCUCGGCGCCGCCCGCCGUCCACCCGACCCUGCCCUCCACCACCAGCGCAGCCCCGACCUUUCUGCACUACGCCCCGCAGCAGCACAUCCAGCCCGACCGCAUGCAGUGAGCCCAGACGGAGGGGGGGUGGGGGCUACAGGCGGAGGAGGAGGGGGUGACGGGUGCGGAUCUGUGGACAGAGCUUAGCAGAACAUCCUGUGGGGUGACCCUGCUGGUGCCAGCAAGGCAUUCAGGGAAAAGGGCGGGACUAUUGCACUAUAUGAUUAGGAUGAGCCGUGGGCUCAUUGGUUAAAGGGUGAAAAAGGGUGGGUAGGGAUUUAAGGACUGAUGGGGUUCAGGUUGAGAAGCUAACCAGCAUUAAGUAUGUGGUCGCUUCCAAGGGCUUCCAGAAGCUGACACUUCAUUUUUUUUAUUAUUAUUUUUAUUAUAAUUCUUAUUGUCCUCAAUUAUUGUAUUAAUGUCAUUGUCAAUGUUUAUUUGUAAACUAUUAUCUAUGUUUUUGGCUCAAUCAACGUGUACAAUGGUACAGUGACUGAUCUAAAAGCUGCCUGGGACACGUAACACCUCUUUUCCUCCCAACUUUAAAGUAUCUGGAGCGGAUGUAAAGGGCACUGCUGCUUUAAGACACUGGGGGAGCGGUCAGAACGCGAAGGCGGUGUGGAGACCACCAUCCCGGUGCCGUCCAAUGGAACGUGGAGCGUCGCCCCGCGAACAAACCUCCCGCGUCGGGCUCCGCACGGGACAAUGAGAGGCUUCAGCUCGUGGACAAAAGCACGUUUCAGUAUAAGACUCUGACAAUUCAGUUGUUUUGAGGCCGCCUCGACAGGACUACGCAUUUUCUUAUUCUUUUUAUUUAUAGGGGCCUUAAUAUGGAAAGAAUAUGCACCACCACAAACCAUGUGGACAUUGCUAUAGUCCAGACUGUUUUCAGCGCCGUGGUAAUCUUGCCGACUUGGGUCUUGAUACUUUUUAGCUAGAUGUUGAUAAUCACAUGCAGUAUGUGGGAAAUGGGGACCAGCAGUGCUAUGUAACCAUGUAUCGAAGGUAGCUUACACUGAGCUCAAGCACCAGUGUAGAUUCUUUUUCCUCUCCUGUUUCUCUCUAAAGGACAUUCAUGUACAGCAUUUUCAGUCAUCAAGUAUAUUUGCAAUAUUUAUAUGUAGGUAUUUAUAAGAGGUACUAAGUUAAAAUAGGUUUUUUACAGUGGCCAUAAUUGUGGCACUGAUGUCAUUUAACCUGCAGAGGCAGAUCCAGAAGUGUCAUUUUUUUUUUUUUUUUUGCUUGGCCUUUUUCCCCCAUGUUGGCGGAUCUUGACCGGAUGCUGAGCAGCAGCAGAAGAUGCUUGUCUGUAGAUCUUUGACAGUUCGCAUCAAAAAUUCUCUAGAUUUUUUUUGUUUACAGUCCCUUCAAAGAAGCAAUACCAAAAAAUAAAGAAUUUGUACUUG